AUGUACGGCCAUGAGGUUGUGAUGGACCAACCCUGGCCACGCCAAGCAGUCCCCCUCAGUGCAGUGUCCCGAUCCGCCCCAUUACACAUGCCUGAAAUGCUACCCUCGGCUCAUUCUGCCGUAGAGUCUCGACCCUCUACCAGUCGAGGUGUAGAUGCUCCCCUCCCGGUUCACGCAUUUUUACAUUCCCUGGAUGUCACUGGUGUUUCAACCCCCCAGGAAAGUUUCACUUCUGGCAAUGUCACCCCCGCCCUUCCUCCUGGCACUUCCACUCCCACUUCCACUUCUGGCACAGAGGCUUCACCCUCUAAUCUUCUACGUGCCCCUACUCCCUGCAGCAGUCUUUCCUCGAGGGCCUCCGAUGAUUUAACGAAAGAGGAUUGCUUGCUUUGUUUAAAGAAAGUAGCCCUCGAUAUGUUCCCAGUGGCCCAUGACAGAGAAAUCCCCAAACAACACACAGUCUUUGCCACCUUUAAGGACCUCGCCGAGUUCAAGCAACUAGGUGGCGUGGAUGAUAAGGGCGUGCUGGCACCUGAGGGCAAAAUCAUCAUCAAGACGGUAACCUCCUAUCUAAGGGACCUUAAAUUGCACAGGUACGCCGAACAUUUCGUGGAAUGUACCAGACAUUCUAAAACGUCCACGAAAGGCCAACUGGUCAAAAUUCUCCCCAACCAAUAUCCAGAAUUGAAAAACCUCACAGCAAAGAUACAGACCAUUGCAAGUUUUAUAUUCACUCUGAAUAAGAACUUUGAUCAACCGUCUCGUUCGUCAAAUGUCCUAACAAUGACCAGUGACCCGGCUCGCCUGCGAAACGCCAUCACAUCUAAUGUCUGGUUAGAUUUGUUUAAGAAAGGCCCACUACCAAACCGAGGAAAUGGAGUUUUCGCUAUGCAGAGGCACACGAAAGGUCAGGUGGUCAUUGAUAAUGGCGGACAUUAUCUUUCCGGCAAAAUAUUAUGCAGGCUCUGA